AUGGAGGAACUGGCGCGUGAGAGCAUCCGCAGCAUCAGCCUGCUGUACAAACCGGCGCGAGGCACCGAGGCACCGCGUCUCGGCUCCUUCGGGGCAGUUUUCAUCAUGCUGAAGUCUGCACUAGGAGCCGGGCUCCUCAACUUCCCCUGGGCUUUCGAGAAGGCAGGAGGUGUGAACAGAGCCAUCGGUGUAGAACUGGUGUCUCUGAUAUUUCUGAUCAGCGGCCUGGUCAUCCUGGGCUACGCCUCAUCCAUCAGCCGACAGGGCACGUAUCACGACGUUGUGAGAGAAGUGUGCGGCCGCAGGAUCGGCUAUUUGUGUGAGGUCUGCUUCGUCUUUAACCUCUUCAUGAUCUCUGUGGCAUUCCUCGUGGUGGUGCAGGACCAGCUGGAGAAGUUGUGUUUGUCCUUAUAUGAAGUAGUAACAGGAGCAAAAGUGAUGCCCUAUCACUGGUAUACAGACCAGAGCUUCGCACUCUUUGUCGUGUGCUUCAUCAUCAUCCUCCCUCUGUCCAUCCCCAAAGAAAUAAGCAUCCAGAAAUACACCAGUGUAUUAGGAACUCUGGCUGCUACAUACCUCUGUGUGGCUGUAAUUGUUAAAUAUUAUCUGAAAGUGGAACACACAGCAGAUCUCCGACCUCAACACGCAGGGAUGGACUCGUGGGCCUCCAUGUUCAGUGUCGUUCCCACCAUCUGCUUCGGCUUCCAGUGCCAUGAAGCCUGCAUUGCUAUUUAUAGUAGCAUGGAAAAUAAAAAGAUCAGUCACUGGGUCAUCAUCGCUGUGACAUCCAUGAUCUUCUGUCUGCUCAUCUAUACCCUCACUGGAGUGUUUGGUUUCCUCACAUUUGGACGGGGAGUGGCAUCUGAUAUCCUGAUGUCAUAUCCUGGAAAUGAUGUGGUGAUGAUUGUCGCGAGGCUGUUGUUUGGGAUUUCGAUCAUCACAAUUUACCCCAUUAUACUUCUCCUGGGCAGGACCGUCAUUCUGGCGUUGAUGCUGCGUUACCGGGAGCGACGCGCCUUGGUUACAGUGGAGUUUGAAUGCCGUUGCCGAGUCCUUCUGACUGUCCUGUGGAUCGCUGUGACACUUCUUAUUGCUGUCUAUGUUCCGGACAUGAGUCACGUCAUUAGUGUGAUUGGAGGAAUCAGCGCCUUCUUUAUAUUCAUUUUUCCUGGGCUGUGUCUCAUUUUUGCCAUGCAGACAGAACCAUUAAAUUACAGAUUAAAGAUUUUCCUGACAGCAUGGGGUGUUGUCACUGUUGUUGUUGGAGCCUUCAUCUUUGGCCAGAGUACCACCAUCGCUGUCAUGGAGCUCACAAACAAGGCUUGAUCAUCAUCAUCAUCAUUAUAAUUAUUAAUAUUAUUCAAUUCAGCCAGGUGUUCAUUUGAUGCUGACUCUGUGUGGAAAGCAUUUUUUCUACAUCCUUAACACUUAUCAUCCCAUUUUAGUUAUUUUUUUUAUAAUAAGUACUUAAAGAAGCACAUUUCACACUAAAUACUCCAACAUGAAAAUAACCAAUAAUCCAGUUUUGAGUCAGUAUUAAUAUUUACACUUUACACUGAUUAUAGUGACUGGAAAUUUUACCACUCACACUCAGGGUUUUUAAAGGACAUUUUAACUUACUGAAUUGUUUUAUUUCCUAUUUUACGUUGCAUUUUAACAGAGGAAUUCAGCAUAAGCUGUGUUGCUCAACAAAAUAAGAUUUAUAUUGUUGAUGUUAAUUAUUAAUGCCAAAGAUAAUAUGUAUAACAAAUUUUAUGAUUUUAUGAAA